AUAACGCAAAGAAAUCAGCCAUUUCCUUUAGAUUACUGUUAAAUCAGUCACUCAAUAUCGUUUCCUUCACAUACUGCCGAGUGAAAAGACAUGCCAGUCUAAACGAAGCUAAGAUGAGUAUCAUAAUAGCAUACUAACAUACGACCCAAAAAUGAAAAUGUGUGGUUCAACCAUAAUUGUAUAAAGCUACGAGAAUACUUUUUUUUUUUUUAUGCAAAGAAAUUUUAUUCAACAAUUCUUCUCCUCUGCACCAUUUUGGAGAGUAUCACGGCACAUGUAAACAACGCAUGCGCUUGGUUCUGCUGACCUAUAAGGCAUGAGCUGCGCCUUGUUUACUUUAAGAGGAAAGCAAGCUCAUGUGUCCUGAAUGAUACUCUCCAAAAUGGCAGUGACGCAGAGGAGAAUAAUUGUUGAAAAAAAAAGUCGUUAUUUUAGUUUUCUUUGCACGCAAAAAGUAUUCUAGUAGCUUCCAAAAAUUAGGGUUGAACCACUGAUGUCACAUGGACUAUUUUGUCUAUGUUCUUGGUACCUUUCUGGACCUUGAUCGUGGUAGUACCCUUGCUGUCUAUGGAGGGUCAGAAAGCUCCUGGAUUUCAUCAAAAAUAUCUUAAUUUGUGUUUCGAAGAUAUGUGUUUGGAACGAUAUGAGGAUGAGUAAUUAAUGACAGAAUUUUCAUUUUUGGGUGAACUAUCCCUUUAAGAGCAGGCACGGCCAUUUGUAACUUGAAUGUGGCUUUCCUGUGUUAUUUCACUUCCAGUUAUUUUUAGCUGUGCAAAACAGCUCAUUGUGCUGCUUGAUAUUGCAAACUGAUAUUUCUCAUCAUAUUAUUUUAAUGUAUUGUCAUAAUUCUAAACACACUGUUUUGUAGUGCAAAUAGUUUUACCAUUAACUGUGCUUUGUUAUUCUUCUAGUUAUUUAUAGCGGCUAAUGAAUCCGAAGUCUCGCUUAUUUACAUAAAAUAGCUUACUUGCAUGUUGCAAAAUAAGGUGGAUAGAAUGUACACUUAGCACAUUUUACAAAAUGUCUGUAUACAUAGAAUACCUGGAAUGACCUACUAACAUUUUCUAAAAUGUGUAUUACAGAGAAUACUGUAUGAAAGACUAUAUCUCACAAAGCAUGGAAAACUUGCAAUGCACUCAACUUGACCUUUCAUUUCCAAAGUGAUGAAUCAACUGAAUUUUUGGCAUGAUCUUUGACUUCUUUUUUCAUCAGAGUGACAAUUAAUAAAAUAAAAAGUUACAAAUUUGUAAACAACAAUAAUGAAUGGAUGACAUACAACAUGAUAAGUUUGUAUAUUUAUAUAUCAGAGAGACCUGGACUCACCUCUGACCUUUCUUGGGGUACAUGAAGACUUUCCGCACUGCAGUGGAAUAAGGGUGUUGGAUGCAGAACUUGUUUCCACCAGCAGAUGGCGCCAUAUCACUGCUACCUCACACUAAUGGCAUUUCAUUCAUGUUAUGUGAGUGUGUGUACGCCUGCAUGUGUCAGGAACGCUUCCCAUAAGGUCUAAGAGACACUCCCGGAGAUCAGAUAAAUGGCAGGCGAUCAUCCCAAGUGCUGACGUCCCAAGACGGUCUUUGGAGAGCUCGCACCUACCCGUGUGAUCCUACCCCAAGAAUUGAGCACCAUGCUGUCCUGCCAAGAUCUGAGCUUUGCAGGAGGGCAGCGCUACGACUACUCCGCCUCGACGUCAGCUGACUGUAGUGUUGACGUUUCCACAGCAACGCUCGUCUCCCUCUGGGACGCCGGUCCCCUGGACAACGCUGCCCGCCAGCACGAGCCGCCGCGGCGGGAUGCAUUGCCUGUGUCUGAGCAUGUACUGGGACAUAGGUCCAACUGGCCUGAUCAACUGUCACCUCAACUUCAACGAAAUAAACAGCUCCAAGACACCCUUAUGCAAAGAGAAGAAGAGCUGGCCAGACUGCAAGAAGAGAACAACAAGCUCAAAGAGUUUUUAAACUCAUCAUAUGUGAAGUCUUUAGAGGAAAAAACUAAGAAACUCCUUUCUAACUGCAAGGUUCCCGAUGGUUCAAGACAUCGAAAGAGAACAAAUGGUGAUUUCCGGAACCUGAGCCAGUUGCUUCAUAACGGUGAGGGAAAGCGGACCUGCCGCAAUCUCUCUUUGGAGUUCUGCUCUGCUGAAGAUCUGGCGGCCACUCCACCUCUAGACUCAUGGAUACUAGAGACUCUAGGCCUGCAGGACGAGAACACCGUUGACCCAGAACACAGUUUCAACACCCCUUCUUUCAACUGUCCACUUCCUACAGAAGAUCCUUACAGUACGACAAAUGUAGAUAAUGCAGUCGGCUUCAGCCCUAAUGCUGAGACACGCGGCGAAUACAGCAGCAUAGUAGACUCAUCAAGCAACUGCAGUCUGGAAACCUCCAGUGGAUACAGCACGUCUCAGAGCUUGGGUUCUGAUUAUUCAACCCUAGACCCCUCAGCUCUGUACACCAUCACAUCUACAGGGUCACUGGUCAGCUCUCCAUCAGCAAUGACCACCGCGCAACACUUCACACCCCCACGAGCCGCCUCCACUCCAUAUCGUCCCCAGGACGUAAGCCCUGGUCCAUACUACAACACACCAGCCUGUGGUUCCUCCAGUCCACCAGGGGGCGACAGUCAACUUUUCUCCACACCUCGUAUGUCCCGUAGCAGGACAGACUUGGCAUUUAGCAUGUCACUAAGUCCACAAAACAGUGUAAAGACGCACAGUUUCCCUCAAGGACAAGCUUUCACACGCAGAGACUCACAAGGGGGAUGGAACUUCACCUGGGUUCCUAAACAAUGUUCCUAGAGACAUUUUUUAAGGAUUUUGUUGGAAAAAAAACUGCCUUUUUUAGCCAUUUUUGAGGAUUGAUAACCCAACUUGCCCCAUAUUUACAAGAAACACAACAACUCUUCACUUCUACGGGUUAUAUAUUAUAUACAUGUAUUUUGAUAGCUUUGUGAUAUUAAGUCAUGAAUUUGUAUAUAGUGUUUUUUAUUCAUUGUGAUUGAAAGGGUUUUAUAUUAGAUGCAGGAUUAUGACUGAAUUCAUUAA